AUGGCAGACCGCAGGUGGAAGUGCGUCUCAGCCAGUCGCUACGCCGUGCAAGUCUCGCUUUGCAUGUUUGCAGUCUACCUUUCCAGCCUCAUCACGCAGACGUCUACUCCCACAGUCAUGAUAUGGGGUAGCGCGCCAUACAUCGGCCUUGUUGUCGCUUUCGGAACACGAUUUGGCCCAGCCGAUAUGACUGCGUCCCAAACAUACUGCGUCAUCACUACAGUCAUACUCUUGUACCUCGACAAAGCCGCGACCGCUAUCGGCAAGACUGCCGAACCAAACGUUGAAGAGACUGGACUUCAGCACCGCGCCGUACACUUUGCGCUUGCCUUCUUUGUCCUUUCGGAGCUGGAAUACCACCGACAAUACUAG